AUGGCUACUAACAUCCCCAACGAAAUUUUGCAAGCUAUAUUUAAAUUUGUUGACGCUAAAGAGGAACGUGAUUACGAAAAAAGUGAUAACGUUAUAAAAACAUUGUUGUCAUUUCUUGAUAAUGAUCAAUUACAACAAGUUGAUUCAAUUAGAAAUAAAAUACCCCUUAUUGAAAAUAAAAAUGAUAUUGAAUUAACACUUACAGUACUUUUGAAAAUGCUAGCUCGGAAAAUUACCAAUGUUAGGAGAUUUCAUAUUAAUUUUAAGCUUCAUUCAUCCAAUCUUGAUGAAGUUUCCAAAGGUGACAUAAAAAACAAUAUUCUGAAAAUUUUGUUGCAACCGGAAGUCAGUGAUCUUUUAAGAUUUACAAAUGAAUUACGUUGGUUCCAAACAAGGCCUUACAAAGGUUACUUUGUUGAACUCGCUGGGAUCUGCUCAAAUUUGGAAAAAUUAAUCAUCAGUCUUGGCAACUUUGAUGAAAGUCAAAUUGACGACGCAACUGAAUUUAUUAGGUCACAAACGCAUUUAAAAGAGUUAGAAAUCUUUAAUUGUAAUUCUGGUAUCCAAAAACUUAUUUCAUUUUCACGAGAGCAAGCGUUAUCUAUACAAACGCUCAUUUUGUAUCACGUAGAUUUUUAUGGAUGUGGGCCAUUAACUAGCUUAACAAAAUGCGAAAAUUUAAGGCAUUUGUCUUUCCGUUAUUGUACAUAUAUUCAAAAAGAAAUGUGUAAUCCGUUGUUUUCUGCUAAUUUUCCUAAGCUUAAAAAGGUUGAAGCACCAUUCACUUCAUGCCCAGUGCUUGAAGAAUGGGCUAAAAAUUAUUCCAA